AUGCUUCUGGAAGUGGAUUCAUCGGUGGACCAAGCUAUUUUAUUUGUUAACGAGGCAUCUUCGACACACAAGCUCCAUAUGUUUCUGAACCACAUGGUCUGGGACGUGACCAACGUACAAUGCUUUAAGAUGUCAGAGGCAGCACAAGAGAAUCUUGUCAAAGAGUUUAAAAGCUGCCUCACAAGUGUCUUGAUAACUAGUGAUGCCUUCUCUACAAGAAUCGACUUUCCCCAUGGAAACAUGGUCAUCAACUUCGAUCUCCCACAAGAUACCACCUCUUACUUGCAGAGGUUGUCUAGGGUUUCAAGGUUUGAGAAAAAGGGAGCAGCUUUUAACCUUGUCUUGCCGAAUUGCCUUGAUUAUAUGACUAAAUUGGAAAAGCACUUCGAACUUAAGCAUAAAGAGAUUCAACCAUGGAAUUGCAUUGAUUCUUACAAAUCCGCAUUCAAGGAAGCAAGAAUGGGCGAAGGCGAACUUUAUCAUAUCGUUUUGACUUUUACAUCCAAAACAGUUGCGAAUCAUCAACUUUGGAACUCAAAUUACCUCCAUAAAAUAUGA